AUGUGCCUAUCAGCACCACCCUCGGACUACCCAGGAGUGAACGACUUCGCCCAAAAGGCAAAGGAAAACCUCAUGGCAGCACAUGACAUGAUAAUACACAAUCACACUGCCCAAACGAUCCAGGCAAAUAAGAAAAGACACCUGAACCUGCCUUUGAGAAAAGGUGAGUUUGCAUAUUUAUCCAUGGAUAAGUUGAACCUACCCAAAGGAAGGGCAGGCAAACUAAAGCCCCUGUAUAUAGGGCCUUAUGAAAUUCUGGAAACAUUUCCAGAGACAUUGUUGUGGGGACAAGUCCGUGCAGGUCAAACCAACACUUAUCACACAUUUCACCCCCUACUGCAUCAGGGACUAGGAUUGGUGAGUCGUGGUAAUAAUAGGAGUUGUAGAGACUGUGGAGGUGGUUCUGACGAGUCCAAGAUCGUCGGAUUUGGUGGAGUGGUUCGCCCUCCCUAUCUCCUUUCGGAUGUACCACAGAGUCUAACCCAUGACCUUCAGUACAGCUCCACUUCCAUCAUCCCUUUGUCCCUGUUCAGACGCCUUUGUUCUGAUGUGGAUUUCCUUGUGCUUUCGUCUCUCCAUUAUAUACAGGCACUUGUACAUACUCAUUUUAGGCCCUCAGUCUAA